ACGCAGAAGGACCGCCCCGGCAUCUGAUUGGCUCCAUACAUGUCGCUCGUUUCUAAUUGGCUGGCAGGGCCCGGUAGCAGUUGUAGGACACCGGCAGUGGAUGCAAAGAACCUGGUUCCUGACUGAGCAUCUGCGCCUCUCUGGCCGCUCUGUUAUCAGCCCGGCCUCCCCGACUCACGCACAAUGGAUCCGAACCGGAUCAUCCAGGCCCUGAGGGGAACGAUCGAUCCAAAGAUGCGCCUGGCGGCAGAGACUGAGCUCAACCAGUCCUACAAGAUCAUCAGCUUUGCCCCAACACUUCUACAGAUCAUUGUGUCUGACCAGGUGGAGUUCCCGGUGCGCCAGGCUGCGGCCAUUUAUCUAAAGAACAUGGUGUCUCAGUACUGGCCGGAUCGGGAGCCGCAGCCCGGGGAAGUCGUUUUUCCGUUCAACAUUCAUGAAAACGAUCGCCAUCAGAUCAGGGAAAAUAUUGUGGAAGGAAUCAUCCGCUCUCCGGAUUUGGUGAGGGCCCAACUGACCCUCUGCCUCCGUGUUAUAAUCAAGCAUGACUUCCCAGGCCGCUGGACCGGAGUAGUGGACAAGAUUGGGUUCUACCUACAGCAGCAGAACACUACCAGCUGGUUGGGCAGCCUGCUGUGCUUGUAUCAGCUUGUAAAGACCUAUGAGUACAAGAAGGCUGAUGAACGGGCGCCCCUCAUCGCUGCCAUGCAGAUCUUUUUGCCCAGGCUCCAGCAGCAGAUUGUCCACUUACUCCCCGAUCCCUCCCAUUACUCUGUGCUCAUGCAGAAGCAAAUCCUUAAGAUAUUCUAUGCGCUUAUCCAGUAUGCCCUUCCGCUCCAAUUGGUGAACAACCAGAUGAUGACCCAAUGGAUGGGGAUUUUCAGCGCCAUCGCCGACCGGGAUGUCCCCCCGGAGACGCUGCAGGUGGAUGAAGAUGACCGCCCGGAGCUGAUCUGGUGGAAGUGCAAGAAGUGGGCCCUUCAUGUCAUCACUCGUCUCUUUGAACGGUACGGGAGCCCCGGCAGCGUCACUAAGGAAUAUUUUGAAUUUUCAGAGUAUUUUUUGAAGACCUAUGCUGUUGGAGUUUUGCAGGUUCUGUUAAAAGUGUUGGACCAGCAUAGACAGAAGCAUUACGUGGCCCCUCGGGUUCUCCAGCAGACGCUAAAUUACCUAAACCUGGGAGUGUCUCAUGCAGUCACGUGGAAGCAGCUGAAGCCACACAUGAAGGGUAUUUCGGAAGAAGUCAUUUUCCCGCUGAUGUGCUACAGGGACGAGGAUGAGGAUCUGUGGCAGGACGACCCCUACGAGUAUAUACGCAUGAAGUUCGAUGUGUUUGAAGACUACGUGUCUCCGGCGACAGCGGCGCAGAAUCUUCUCUACACGGCUUCUAAGAAGAGGAAAGAGGUGCUACCGAAGAUGAUGACCUUCUGCUACCAGAUUUUCACGGGCACCUCUGUAGAUCCGAGGAAGAUCGAUGGGGCGCUGCAUGUGGUGGGGUCCCUGGCAGAGAUUUUAUUGAAGAAAUCUGUGUACAAGGAUCAAAUGGAGGUUUUCGUUCAGAAUCACGUCUUUCCACUGUUUAUGUCCGACUUGGGGUAUCUCCGUGCCAGGUCCUGCUGGGUGCUCCAUUCAUUUAGCACCUUAAAGUUCCACAAUGAGAUGAACCUGCGGAACGGGGUGCAACUGGCCAAGAAAAGUCUCAUCGAGGAUAAGGAGCUGCCGGUGAAAGUUGAGGCGGCCAUUGCUCUGCAGUCGCUGAUCAGCAACCAGUCUGCCGCUAAGGAGUACAUGAGGCUGUUCAUCCGCCCCGUCAUGCAGGAACUGCUUCAUAUCGUCAGGGAGACGGAGAACGACGAUCUCACCAACGUUAUUCAGAAGAUGAUCUGCGAGUACAGCCAGGAAGUGGCGCCUAUUGCCGUGGAUAUGACCAGGCACUUAACAGAGAUAUUUGUCAAAGUCCUGCAGAGCGACGAGUACGAUGAGGUGGAGGACAAGACGGUAAUGGCCAUGGGAAUCCUGCACACCAUUGAUAUUGUGCUGACUGUUGUGGAGGAUCACAAGGAGAUAAAACAGCAGUUGGAGGGGAUCUGCCUGCAGAUAAUUGGGCUGGUGCUGCAAAAGCACAUUAUAGAGUUCUACGAGGAGAUCCUCUCUCUGUCCUACAGCCUGACCAACCAGACCAUCUCCCCUCAGAUGUGGCAGUUACUCGGGAUACUGUUUGAAGUCUUUCAGAAGGACUGCUAUGAGUAUUUUACAGAUAUGAUGCCUCUUCUUCACAAUUACAUCACAGUAGAUACAAAUACUCUGCUGUCUAACCCCAAAAAUGUGGAGAUUAUCUAUACCAUGUGUAAGAAGGUAUUGACUGGGGAUGCAGGGGAAGAUGCCGAGUGCCACGCAGCCAAACUCCUGGAGGUCAUUAUUCUUCAGUGUCGAGGGCGUGGGAUUGACCAGUGUAUCCCACUCUUCGUCGAGGCCGUGCUGGAGCGAUUAACACGAGGGGUUAAGUCUAGCGAGCUGCGCACUAUGUGUCUACAGGUGGUCAUUGCUUGUCUGUACUACAACCCCUCCCUUCUCCUCAACACCCUGGAACAGAUGUGCUUCCCUCACAGCUCCGAACCAAUCACUGCGCAGUUUAUUAACCAGUGGGUGAAUGAUACCGACUGCUUCCUGGGGCUGCACGAUCGGAAGAUCUGUAUAAUAGGACUGAGCAUCCUAAUGGAGCUUCCCAACAGACCCCCAGCAGUCAGUGCUGUGGCCUCGGUGCUUGUUCCUUCCAUAUUACUUCUGUUCCUUGGCUUGAGGCAAGUGUGUGCCACCCGGGACCACUCUGAUCAUCGGGCGCCCUCCCGGGUUCCAAAGGCAGAGAUUGAAGAGAGCGAAGAGAUUGCAAGCGAUGAGGAGGAAGCCAAUGGCCAGGCCAUGCAGCAGAACACGGGGGAAGAUGCGGAGGAGGAAGAUGAGGACUGGGAUGAUGAGGUUCUGGAGGAGACUGCACUGGAAGGAUUUAGCACCCCUCUGGAUUGUGAAGAUGCACUGGAUGAAUAUCAAUUCUUCACCAAUGCCUUGCUUAAUGUACAAAGCAGGGACGCCCCCUGGUAUCACUUACUGAUGGAGAAGCUGAGUAACGAUCAGAAGAAGCAGCUGCAGGAGAUCUACACAAUAUCGGAGCAGAGGAGGAACGCUGCAGUUUCCCGGAAGACUGAACAGCAGCUCUCGGCACAGAGUUUCUGCGGGAACCAGUUGGGGCACCAAUGAGUAAUUACCCCCAAGCUGCGGGGCUUGUGCCGGAUUCUGACUUUGCAGAGAGGUCAGGGGGUUUCACAAUGGGACAAGCAGCAAAAGGUCACCAGCAUUAAACUGUACGGGGGGUUCCGGGAAGCUGGACCUUGGUUUGGGUCUGAGAGAUUGGGAUCUAUGGCCCCCGAUGGCGGCAGAACCACAUUGGUCGAUGGAUUUCACUGGAAAAACCCUUAGUCCGAGUGCCAUGACUCCUUUCCUCUUGCUUGAUCCUCACUUUCCGGAUAUUUUUUCGUCUGCUUGUCAUUAUCAAUCCGCUGUGUGUCCUGCACCUCCGCCAUCACUGGGCUGAACCAUUUCAGUUUUCCUGCAGGGAGGUGGCGGCUUUUGACUACUUACGCUGCUCCAAUGAGCAUUCAGCUGACGCUACAAUUCUAUUUGUAAAGGGGGUCGACUUCAACUAUUAUGCACACCGAUAAUCUGAGACAAUUUGCAGUUGGUCUGCAUUUUAUGGUUUUUGGAAUUGUUUUUGGAGCAGCUGUCUGGUUGUUAGGUUCCAAUAUACCCUAGCAACCAGAUACGAGACUGGAAGAUUAAUAGGAGAGGGGCUGGAUAGAACGAAGGAAUAAAACUGUAGCCUUUUUUGGCUGCCAGUGAUGAAGAUAUAUCAUUCACAAGCUAUGAAAUAUGAACAUUUAUACAUAAAACAUGAAUUACCCUUUUUAACAUGUUGGUCUCCCUGAGCUCAGGAGAUGAUUGGCUGAUGGGAGCCCGAUGGUGGGAAUAUGUCCUUUUGUGUGGGAAUUUCAUGAAUUGGUUACUGCUCGUUUGGGUCACUAGUCUGUCCGAGAGAUAAACGUUAAGAUCCGUAUUUGGUCAAAUUUAGUGUUUUAAUAAACCUUGUAUUUUUCUUAUGUUUCAAAAACUA